CCUGGGGGUGACACGGGGGUGACACGGGGGGGACCCGGCCCCGCUGCCCCCCGCCCCGCAGGCUCCUGGAGCGGCGGCAGGACGAGGCCGAGAGCCUGGAGCUGAGCUCGGGGGGCGGCGGGACCCCCGGGCGGGCGCGGGCGCCGGUGCUGGACUGCACGUGCUGCGGGCUGCCGCGGCGCUACGGCAUCGCCGUGCUCUGCGGCAUCGGCUUCUGCAUCAGCUUCGGCAUCCGCUGCAACCUGGGCGUGGCCGUGGUCAGCAUGGUCAACCCCGCCCACGGGCAGCGCGCCCAGUUCAACUGGGACCCCGAGACGGUGGGGAUGAUCCACGGCUCCUUCUUCUGGGGCUACAUCGUCACGCAGAUCCCCGGCGGCUUCAUCGCCCAGAAAUUCGCCGCCAACAGGGUGUUCGGCCUGGCCAUCGUGUCCACCUCGGUGCUCAACAUGCUGAUCCCGUCGGCCGCGCGCGCCCACGUUGGCUGCGUCAUCGCCGUGCGCGUCAUGCAGGGCCUGGUGGAGGGCGUGACCUACCCCGCCUGUCACGGCAUCUGGAGCAAGUGGGCGCCGCCCCUGGAGCGGAGCCGCCUGGCGACCACGGCCUUCUGCGGCUCGUACGCGGGGGCGGUGGUCGCCAUGCCGCUGGCCGGGGUCCUGGUGCAGUACACGGGCUGGAGCUCCGUGUUCUACGUCUACGGCAGUUUCGGGGUGCUCUGGUACUUCUUCUGGGUGCUGGUGUCCUACGAGAGCCCGGCCCAGCACCCCACGAUCUCCCCCGAGGAGCGGAAAUACAUCGAGGAGAGCAUCGGGGAGAGCGCGGGCAGCAACCCGCUGCUGCUGGCCACGCCCUGGCGGCAGUUCUUCACCUCCAUGCCCGUGUACGCCAUCAUCGUGGCCAACUUCUGCCGCAGCUGGACCUUCUACCUGCUGCUCAUCAGCCAGCCCGCCUACUUCGAGGAGGUGUUCGGCUUCGAGAUCAGCAAGGUGGGGUUACUCUCGGCCCUGCCCCACCUGGUGAUGACCAUCGUGGUGCCCAUCGGGGGCCAGAUCGCCGAUUUCCUGCGCUCCCGCGGGAUCAUGUCCACCACCAACGUGCGCAAGAUGAUGAACUGCGGCGGUUUCGGCAUGGAGGCCACGCUGCUGCUGGUCCUGGGCUGUCAGUGUGACAGUGACAAUGACCAUGUGACGGUGACACUGUGA